CGAUCAGCUGGGUGUUGUGUAGAGUGUGCUUGCAAUGCUCGUCUCCGUGAAAAUCUCUAAGGACAUCGUCUGUCUCGCCCGUUAACACAGACCGGGGCAACCGGCGACGGGUCACAAGGACAUUAAAUCCAGGAAUAAUCGAGGGGAAAAAUAAUAAUAAUGGCACCUGAUAGGCCCGACAGUUCCGGAAUGGAGACCGCUUGCGGUCUGGGUGUGACACGUGUCCUGAACAUUGGAGAAGCUGCAUUGACAUUAAAAGAGGGGGACAAUGCCAGUGGUUUUGGCGAGGGAACUAGUCCAGGUGCAACGGUGGAUGUCGUCGACGAUAAUAAUCCAUCCGGGGCUAAAGGGGCAACCGAGGGUAGUGGUAAACACAGUCAGGAUGAUGAUCUUACGUCGUUAGCAUGGCUGCACCAGCAGAAUCUUCUCAAAGGUCUCGAGAUAUCCAGCCCCACGAAAGUUAUCAAGGAUGAAAAUAUUUUGAAUAACAAUAAUAAUGAUGGGGAAAGCGCUGAUUUAUCUGAGAAUACGAAUUCUGUAUCCAGCUUGGAUGAUGGAUAUUACCCAGAGAGCAAUGGAAAGUCUCCAGUGAAUGGAAAGACCCAGAAUUAUUCGAGUCCAGGGAAAAACUACGAGAAGACAGUGCAGUUGUAUUCAGAUUCUGUGAAAUUGACGUAUCCAACUCAACCGAGUAAUCAAGCUAAGAUAUCACUGAACAAUAAUAAUCUGCCGGUGUCGAAUCGCAAUAAGCAUCCAACCCACAUACCUUACGAUCCUCAUUUGCAUAGAAACAGCAAACCACCGUAUUCAUUCUCAUGUCUGAUAUUCAUGGCUAUCGAGGACAGUCCCGUUAAGGCACUGCCAGUCAAGGAAGUCUACGCUUGGAUACUCGAUCAUUUUCCCUACUUCCGGAAUGCACCCACUGGCUGGAAGAAUUCGGUCAGACAUAAUCUAAGUCUCAACAAGUGCUUCAGGAAAGUGGAGAAGGCACCGAACCUGGGGAAGGGGUCGUUGUGGAUGGUGGAUGACCAAUACCGUCCGAAUCUUCUGCAAGCUCUCUCCCGGGCGCCUUUUCCUCCGCCAACUGCUCAAAAUCUCUCAUCCCCGGAUAAAAUACCGAAGAAAAAUACAAAUACGAGAUUACCAGAUCCCGUACUGUUUCCGUAUCUAUCGAAGAGGCUAGCAUCAAGCAACAUCACAGACAGUCCAGACCUUGAAUUUGACAGCGAUGUUGACGCAGCUGCUGUCGCAAUGCUCUCGUUUAAACACGGACCAAUUAUUCUCAACCAUAAUAAAGAUCGAAAAAGAAAACAAACGAUUGAGCCUGAAAAAUUGGUGCCUGUUAUCACACGGAGUUCGAGUGAGGAUCACACGUACAGUUGUAUCACUUCUGCCAAAACAGACAGUAUUGCCAGCAAAAGCUCGAGCAACUCAGUGGAGGAGUCAGUGAGUGACGUGGACGAGCAACGAAAAAUAGCAGAGGGUGCGGACGCCCUGUUGAACCUGGCAAGUGUUGCCCUGUCCCACAACAACACGAGUCCACGUCUGAAUCACCACGAGAUUAAAUCCGUGGCCCUUCUGACUGGCACAUCGCCCCCUUCAUCACCAUCACCACCUCCGAAGACAUCGAACCACUCGUCCCCCUCUAAAUCAAAGCGACGCACCACCUCGAAUGACUACUCGAGUCUUCCUGACAAGAGACGCAGACGCUGGCGAGAAUGGGGAGACACCAACAGGUAUCUCAAACAAGUCAAGGGUUAGUGAUCGUUCAUUGUAUUGUCAAUAUUUUUAAAUCAUCACUCUCCCCUGACACAUGUGGCCAAAGUCGUAUUUUUCUCGAGAGGCAGAGGGAGAUGUAAAGAACUUUUUUAAAUUGAUUUGAAUUAGGAAAAAUGGAGAAAAGAUUAUUUAAUUAUGCCAAAUAAUUUGGCAGCACUGAACUAAAAGAUGAAAAAUAACACAAUAAAGAAAAUAUCGAAAUCAAUUAGUUUGAGGUACGUCUGGCGUUAAUUAAUUCAAUCUAAAGAGUGAGUUGUAAAAUCGAGAAUCAACACGUCGAAUCGAAAAUGCGCCCGAUAAAUUUAAAAAAACGAGAAGAAUAAUCGUGAAACGAUGAGAGAAAAAAAUGAAUCUUGUUAGACCUGUUGUGAGGAAUUAUACAUAUUAAUUCAUAGAGAGUUUAACUAAUUAUAAAUAGAGUUCUAUAUUAGUUUCCCUUCUGUAGAUAUGUAUAGAUAUAUAUACAAUUGACAAAGAGGAAGAAAAUUAUAAUAUUCGAAUAGAGAAAUUUAAAUAAUAUAUUUGAGAAGAAAAUAACGACACAAAAAUAAUAAAAAAAAAAUCUAUAACGGUAAAAUACUGCAGCGAAUAAUAGCAAUUUGCACAGUCCAACGGCGGAUGCGAGAGUAAAAGGUGCAUGAACGAAAUGAAAAAUAUAAUAAUGAAACACGAUAAAAAGAGUUGUAUAAUUUUUUGCCUUUUUCUACUUCACUUCGAGCGAGAGCUUUUCCAGUUGAAGAAAUUGUAAUUCUUAACUGUUGCUGUACAACGUAGAAUAGAAUAAACUCAGUGGAUACGCUCAAAGUAAUCGCACCUUGUCACGUAUAUAUUUUUAUCAAUUCGUUCUAUACGAUUCAGUAACAGCCGAUUAUUUCUUUGCAUCAUUCGAGGAGCGAAAUAAAACGUACAAUAAUCUUGAUAUCGAGGUAAAAUUUGAGUUUGCGAGGGGAAUAAAGUGCGAAGACAAGUGAUAACAGUGCGAUUACUUUCGGGAAUAAAAAAAAAUGUUGGCUCAUCCCAGUUAUCUUCUACAUGUAUUAUAGUGAUGGUGAGAAUGAUGAAAAUUGUCAGAUUUUGAGAAGAGAUGUGGUAUAUUUUUACAGGGCACUGCCCGCGUGAUACGAAUAAAGCUCUUCCUAACUUGUUCGCUGUGUAGUUUUUAGGGUAAUCAUGAAAUAUUAAUCGAUAAAAUGCUCAGCGGGAUAAAUAUGAUCAUUGCAAUGCACGCGAGCACUGUAGAAUUUUUAGUCCUAUUAUUUGUUGUUUUAUUAAUGUUUUAAAUUCACUCCGAGACGUUGACGAUAACUUCUUGAACAAGCAUAAUUAUUUUAAUGAAUUGAAAUUCUAUUCGUGUCAGUCGUUGAAAUGAAAUUCAGCAAGUACCACGCAAUAACCUCGAUAAGAACGAGAAAAAUAAACCAAACAUCACAACCACUCUUUGAAAUAAUUUUUACUUUCGUAGAAUAAGUCCGUUCGUUGCGGCUGAAGGUUUGUUCUUCCAUAUAGCUUAUUCUAAACUAAUUGAGUAGGAAUUCACCAGACCCAACGCACUCGGGACUGGUCCACAAUGUUUAUCACAACUAGGACAUGAGUAGAGCUAACAGUUAAGUCAGAUGUGGGUGAUCUAUCACCCAGAGAAAUAAGAUACAAAAUUUUAAUAAAUAGUGACAUAGUCUAAUUUAAGACAGAACGAAAUACUAAAGCAAAAUGAAAAUACAUGCAAUAUACCAGUAAUAUCUGAUAUCGGAUGAAAUACUCUAGUCGGCCGGUACUUUUUCAAGUGACUCAAUUUGUUGUCCGAUGAACCAUGAGAAAUGUACAGUAUGUGGGAGGAGCUAUAUAUAUGUAUGAUAAUGAAAUCUUGUAGACUCAAAUGAUCGUUAUUUUCUUGAUAUUUUCAAUCAAGUCUUUUGAAUAUGAGAAUAUUUCAAUCAAGUGACGAUUGUACUGUGACUCGCCCGUUAUGUUCUAUUUUUUACGCUCGACGUAAUUUAUCAAGAACUUCGGGUGAGCAGGGAAUAUUUACCCAUCCAACAAUUGUAUGGUAACGAGUUAGUGACGAAAGGGAAAGAAUUAUGCUGAGAAUAUCAAUAUACAGGGGGACAUCAGCACAGAAAAAUAGUCGAUAAAAAAAUUCAAUUAUUUCGAGGGAUAGAUUAUUUCAGUUUUUGAUGGACCAAUUUUUUUUACAUUUCGUCAAUGAAAAUUUCCUCCACUUGGUUUCUACGAUGGAAAACAAGGUACAGCGAAAAUAAAUAUCGAGAGAAAAAUCAAAAUGAAAAAAGUAUUUAAUGCAAUUAACGCAGAGAUCGAUAGAUUUUUCUGUUAGUUGACGUUUUUUUUUUUGUGGUAGUGGAUGGGAAAUUGUAAAUGUGAAAUGAAAAUUAUUGGUUCAGUCAUUUUUCGAGGCAUUAAUAUUGCUAUUUUUCAUUGUUUAUUUAUCGAUAAAAUUUGUAAGAUUGAUGCUGAUGUCACCCUGUAUAUGAGAGCCAUUUACACACCCAGCCACGGACAAUCAAAAUGCCACAUGGUGUUUCAUUUGCUUCAGUUGCUAUGACAUUGUGCCAAACCGAAUGAUGAAAGCGUUAUUGAUAAUUAGG